CCACACUCAUCCUCUUCUAGCAUUGUAUCUUUGUGCCUAGAAACUCUGGCGAGCUCCUCCUCCAAGCGGAGCGUGAUUCCGGAGUUUCGACCUAGUGCAUCACAAUGAUCGCCUGAGUCAGAGUUAUCAUUCGUUGGGUCUCCUGUCCGUCCCAUAAGUUGAAGUCGGAAGGCCUUCCAUGAGGCUUCUAGAAAAUAGUUGCCAAACCUUUCACAUCAAUCUUGAUUCUUUUUCAGUUUCCCUUCGCAUAUCAGUCGGUCCUGACCCCCCCUCUACGACGCUCUGCAAAAUCCCUAGCUUGUCAUGGGUUAUUCCGUCAUCAUCUUCGUUACCAGAAGCUCGGCCUUAUCCUCCGAGCAGUUCAAAGACUACUACGAGAACCAACAUAUCCCAUUAGCCAGGUCUUUGGUCGGCGCCUGCAACUGGCCUAUUAAAUUCACCCGCCGCUAUCUUGCUCGCAUAUAUCGACAAGGCUUCGGAGGACCAGCAAAUCCCGAUCACCCUCUUCUGACACUGAGAGGCGCCAUGCCCGAUCUUGACUGCGAUUGCGUCGCUGAGUUGAUCUUCGAAAACGAAAAGAUUUUUCAGAGAUUCUAUGCAAAACUUUAUGAGAAAGACAACGCCGCGAAGCUGGCCGCAGACGAAAGCCGAUUUUUGGAAGUGAGGCUGACAAAAGCUGUGGUUAUUGGGGAGACGAUCACCGAUGAGAAUGGAGUUACCACGAGCGAGACAACCUUGAUGACGAGGAGCGACAUGGAAGAUAGCGACACUAGCACUAGUGACAUGAGUUGAGCUCGAGGAAGAUAUGCAAAGUGUCACGGGAAGGUCAGCGUAAGGGUGUUGGUGGCUGGCUGUCGACGUUCAAGUGUUGUGAGAUUUUGAUUAUGGUGUUUGGAAUUGACUCAUGGCGUCAUGGGUUAUACCCUUGCAAUGGGGUUCCAGGCCCUGAUUCCACGGUUUUGGAGUUUCGAGGUAUACCGACCGUAGUGUGGAUGGUCUUUUUCGGAUAUGUUCAGGGCGUUGUCAAGUGUUGAAUGAUCUGUUGUUUGAUGACUGGGUAGGACAUAUGGUAUUGAGUACACCUGUAGCAAAACAUAUACGAUUGGGGUAUAAAACCAACCCCAUUUAGC